AUGCCAGCCUUCGGUGAGGUGGGCGUCGAUGGCGCACCCCCACCGCGUCGCGACUAUGAUAUCCUUAAACAGCGCGUGGAUCUGGAUGUCGACUUUCCGACUCGAACGCUGAAAGGCAGUACCGAAAUCACAAUACAACCUCUGGCGAAAGACCUGCGACAGAUAUCGCUGCACUGCCGCCAAUGCAGACCUACUUCGAUCCAGGUUAGCGGCAUCAACGCCAAAUUUGAGUAUGAGGAUCCGUACAAGAAGAGCUCGAUGAGUAGCAAGUCUACGGCACAUCAACACCAGAUGCUGAAGGAGAGAAUUCAAGACGCACUACGACCGAAUCCUGCGCCGCAGCUCCAGAUCACGCUUCCUCCUAAACUAAAGAUUCAAGAGCUGCGAGUGGAUCCUGCACCCGCGCCGGCCACGCCGAGUUUGCAGAAGCAGGAUGCUGACGCGAUGGCAAGCGUGGAGACACCAGUACUGCAGAACUUCCAACAACCCCAACAGCCCCAACAACCCCAAUUUGCGCCCAUCAAACUCACAGUCGAGUUCGUGCUCGAUGACCACCGCGACGGCAUUCAUUGGGUAGGCUGCGACGAGGACGACAAGCGAUAUCCAUAUCUAUACACAAAAGCCGAACCUUAUCCAGGAAAUUCUUCAUCCAUAUUCCCAUGCGUGGAUGACGGGAACAGUCGAUGUACUUGGGAAUUUGCAAUUCGCUGUCCGAAAACCUUGGGCGAUGCGUUCAAGAAGGUUCAGGUUGAUACAUCCUUACCAAAUGGUAGUGCAGCCAGUGCACCUAGCGGUGAUUACUUGAUCGAUCUCAGCCCAGAGGAUGCCGCUCUGGAGUUGGCUGUGCUCUGUGUUGGCGAUCAGGUGGACGAGACCACAGAUACUGAAGACGAAACACGCCACACUAUCAGCUUCUCGCUCAAUGAGGCGGUUACGGCGCGUCACGUAGGAUUUGCAGUUGGACCGUUUGAGCACGUUGAUCUAAGCGCAUUCCGCGAUUUAGAAGAAGAGGCAAAGCUAGGCCAGAGUGCUGUAAAGGUGUCUGGCUACUGCCUACCAGGCAGAUCUGGCGAGGUCGAGAACACCUGCUUUCCCAUCACCGGGGCGGUUGACUUCAUCUCUGUGGGCGGCGGCAAAUUUCCGUUCCCUGCCUAUCAAGUCUUGUUUGUCGAUGACCUGACAUACGACGCCAUCAGUGUGGCCGGCAUGUCGAUUUGCAGCGCGCGUUUGCUCUUCCCACAGGAGAUCAUUGAGCCGCUGGAUAGGAACACGAAGAUACUUGUGCGGGCUGCAGCUGAUCAAUGGAGUGGAGUCAACAUCAUUCCCAAAGAGCCUAUGGAUACCUGGGCUACUGCAGGUAUUGCUGGUUACUUGACCGACGUAUUUCUCAAGACGCUCUGCGGCAACAAUCAUUACCGGUGGGAACAGAAGCUUGCUGCAGAGAAAGUCUACGAUCUCGAUGUUGACAGGCCUUCGAUAUGGGACCAGGGAAAGUUCUUGCACGUCGAUCCCUCCAUCCGAGAAUUUGUGGACCUCAAGUCGGCAGUGGUGCUUGGCAUUCUCGAUCGCCGACUUGUCAAGUCUAGUGGCUCUACAGGUGUGAUGCGAAUAAUCAAUAAGAUCUUCCUCAAUGCCAAAACUGGUGCAUUGACAAACUGUGAGCUGUCGACCAUAGAUCUCCAACGGACCUGCGAGAAACUUGGCCAUAACAAGCUCGAAUCCUUCUUCAAACAAUGGGUCCUGGGUUCUGGAUGUCCUAUCUUCCAUGUAUCGCAGCGAUUCAACAAGAAGAAGCUUGUUGUAGAGAUGACAAUCGUACAGCGACAGCUUGAACGACAGACGAAACCUGAAUUCGCCCCAAACAAUUUCAUGCGUGAAAUCAAGGAGCAUGUGCAGGAGGUCUGGGCUCCUGAGAUACAGACUGUGUUUUCUGGACCAAUGACAAUCAGAAUUCACGAAGCCGACGGCACACCCUACGAGCAUAUUGUGGAAAUCAAAGAGCCGAUCACGAAACUCGAGAUUCCUUACAAUACGAAGUACAAGCGGCUCAAGCGGUCGCGACGUGCAAAGGAACGAGCUGUCGCAGAAGGUGCGGCCGGCGAGGAGGGCUCUGAUGCUUUGCUCUACUGCCUUGGCGACAUACUCGACAACGAACAGGACCAACAAGAAUGGAACCUAGUCGACUGGUCUGCUGAAGACGAAGACAAAAUGGGCCAAGAAAGUUAUGAAUGGAUCCGCAUGGAUGCCGACUUUGAGUGGAUUGGAAAGAUGCAUUUGGUCAUGCCUCUGUACAUGUACAUCUCACAACUGCAACAGGAUCGAGACCUAGUUGCACAGUAUGAGAGCAUGCGCUAUCUUUUGGGGUCUAAUCCGCACCAUGUCUCGCUCACGAUUUUGGUUCGAACACUCAUGGACGAGCGUUACUUUUACGGCAUCCGAGUAAUGGCUGCCGAAGGUCUGUCUCUUAUGGCAAAGGACAAGUUGACCGAAAUCGGCACGUUACACCUGACGAAGGCCUUCGCCCACUUCUUCUGCGAUGGAGACAUCAAGUCGAUGCCCCGGCCGAACGACUUCAGCAGCCGAGUAUCUUUCAUUAUGCAGUGCGCUAUUCCACGAGCCAUGUCGAAGCUGAGGGACAUUGAGGGAAAGGUUCCCAACAAGGUCCAGAGAUUCUUCGUUGACAAAUUGAUCUACAACGACAAUUCCGAUAAUGCGUACUCUGAUUGUCACUAUGUUGCAACCCUUAUGACUUGUCUUACUGAUGCACUGGUGGCAUCCCAUCGCAUCAUCGAACCAAAGCAGACAUUCGAAUUCAAUUUUGACGACGACAUGGGCAUGGAGGAGGAUCAAGAGCCAAUAAACCCGAACGCCGCUUUCGAACAGGAGGCUGUCAACGUGAUCGAAAGAUACCGUCGACUGGACGAAUGGAUUGUUACCUACCAGAACAUCUAUUCUACCACUGCGAUUGAAUGCCUGCAGAAGCUCACUAAGGCUGGAGUGGUGAAAGAUAAGGCCAAGGAGCUACUGCAAUACACCAGAGACAGUACGGCUGACAAUGUACGGAUACAAGCAUUUCAUUGCUUGACGGAGAUAGGGUUGGCCCGAAAAUCAUCAGUGAUGAAGCAUCUACUCUACAAUCUCGUCCAUGACCGCAGUCCAUACUUCCGCGACAGGCUUCUUCGCUGCUUUGGCGAAGCUCUUGGUCACAUUGCGCUGAGCGAUGGCGAGGAAAAGGCUGCAGCUCCCGCUCCUGUUAACGAUGGAGGCCUGAUAAUUGAGGAUGUUGGAUCCAACGAGGCACGCCGCAUCGAGGCAACGCGCAAGACGACGCCCGAGGGCGCUAUAGCUGCAUUGAAGAUCGCCCUGGGCAACGACGAGGUUUUCAAGCAGGCCCUCUGGUAUGCUACCACGCAUCCCUCCUUAGCCAUUGACGAGAUUGGCUCGUUCUGCGACAUUGCUGCUUUGCUCUUCGAUCCUGUGACAAGUUACACAGUGACAUUGAAGCUGCCCAGACCCUAUCGCUGUGAGCACAUGGGCAAAGGCAAGAUGCGCUUCAUUCCACACGGCAACUACAGGACAAAGCCCAGUAAA